AGCAUUCCAAACAACCGACUUCACCAACCCCAUCCAACCAACCCAACUCCUCCGCAAAACUCGACCCAAUGGCCGAAGACGCCAAGUCCGCCUCCUCGAUGGACGAGCUCAGCGCGCCCAGCUCCCCGCAACCCGAACCUGAACUCCAACCAGAGCCCCAACCCCAACCGCAACGCCAGCGCCAACGCCAACAACGACGCCGCCCCGCGGCCACGCCGCCUCGCGACCCCUCCACCGCAUCGAGCUACCGCCAACAACGCCGCCGCGGCCAGCGCAACGCCGGCAACCAGGACCUCCUCCCGCUGGGCUCGCUGGGCGACACCGGCAAUCUGACGCAGGGCGCCGGGGAACUCGUCCAGAAUACCGCGGGGAAGGCUGUCAGCUCGGUGGGCAACACGGCCGGGAAGGCUGUGGGCGGUGUGCUGGGGGGUGGCCAGCAGCAGGUGCAGGGCCAGGGCCAGGACAAGGGGGGCAAGGAGGAGCAGCUCCGGUUGCGGCUGGAUUUGAAUCUCGAUGUUGAGGUGCAGCUCAAGGCGAAGAUUCAUGGGGAUUUGACGUUGCAGCUUUUGAACUGAGGAGUUGGUUUUGUUACGGGUCUUGAUGUGUUUUUGUGGUUGGGGAUGUGAUGGGAGUUUAUGUAUGAUUGUGUACAUGCCAGAGAAUAUGGUCUUAUUAGCAUAGUGGUUAAUGCGAAUGUAUAGGCGUACUGUAAUUGAGGCUUGAUAUUCGUUUCCUUUGAUGUGUGCUAGUAUACAUCCAUCCACAUAUCCCCCGUCUCGGGAUGGUAUCACGCAUCUCCGUCUCGAGGGCCUAACCCUCCCCUGACGAUACAGUAAGCCCUUCCAAGGGUAUCUGCUCCUCUGCACCCUCCCUGCCCGAUGCCACUCCAUCCUCGCCUGUUUCCCGACUUGCAAACGAGUCAUCCUCCUCCCCGGACUCCUCCCC